GGAGGAGGAGGAGGAGGAGGGACUUGCAGCCCUUUUCUGGCUGCCGCCGAGGCGGCGGGCGGCAGAGGGAGGGCAGCCCGGCCGCGCACCGGCUCUCGGGGGGGUGACCGGCCCCGCCGCCCCCGCGCACCAUGGCCGGGCUCCUGCCGCUGCUGCUGCUCCUGCUGCCGGCGGGACCCGCCUGGGGCUCCAAGGACAAGUGCUUCACCAAGAUGUACACGACGAGCGGGGAGUGCUGCAAAGCCUGCAACCUGGGAGAGGGGGUGGUGCAGCCCUGCGGGGCCAACCAGACCGUCUGCGAGCCCUGCCUGGACAGCGUCACCUACUCGGACACGGUGAGCGCCACGGAGCCGUGCAAGCCCUGCACGCAGUGCGUGGGGCUGAAGAGCAUGUCCGCGCCCUGCGUGGAGUCGGACGACGCCGUGUGCCGCUGCGCCUACGGCUACUACCAGGACGAGCCGAGCGGGAGCUGCAAGGAGUGCCGGGUGUGCGAGGUGGGCUUCGGCCUCAUGUUCCCCUGCCAGGACUCGCAGGACACGGUCUGCGAGGAGUGUCCCGAGGGCACCUUCUCCAGUGAAGCCAACUUCGUGGACCCCUGCCUGCCCUGCACCACCUGCGAGGAGAACGAGGUGUUGGUGAAGGAGUGCACGGCCGUCUCGGACGCCGAAUGCAGAGACCUCCACCCUCGCUGGACAACACACACGCCAUCCCUGGUGGGCUCCGACAGCCCCGAGCCUGUCACCAGGGACCCCUUCAACACCGAGGUGAUGCCCAGCACCCUGGCAGACACCGGCACCACCGUCAUGGGCAGCUCGCAGCCCGUCGUGAGCCGCGGCACCGCCGACAACCUCAUCCCCGUCUACUGCUCCAUCCUGGCGGCCGUGGUGGUGGGGCUGGUGGCCUACAUCGCUUUCAAAAGGUGGAACAACUGCAAACAGAACAAGCAAGGGGCCAACAACCGCCCAGUGAACCAGACACCUUCGCCGGAGGGGGAGAAGCUGCACAGCGACAGUGGCAUCUCGGUGGACAGCCAGAGCCUGCACGACCAGCAGCCGCCCGGCCAGAGCACCCAGGGGCCAGCACCCAAGGGAGACGGGAACCUCUACGCCAACCUGCCGCCCAGCAAGCAGGAGGAGGUGGAGAAGCUGCUGGGCAGCUCCGCGGAGGAGACGUGGAGGCAACUGGCCAGGGAGCUGGGCUACAAAGAGGACCUCAUAGACUCCUUCACCCGGGAGGAAUCGCCCGCCCGGGCUCUCCUGGCCCACUGGUCCUCCAAGGAGACGGCCACCCUGGACACCCUGCUCGCCGCCCUGCGCAACAUCCAGCACGGGGACAUCGCCAAGAGCUUGUACAGCGAGUCCACCGCCACCUCCCCCGUCUGAAGGGUGGCCCGGGGCGGCCCCGCGGGGUCCCCUUCCCUCUUCGCCCCCUCACCUCUCCCCUCCCUGGCACCGAGAGCCCUGGAGGGGAGGGUGAGAAGGAAGCGGGGGCUCCCCGGGCCCCCUCGAUUUACAGUCCUGUAUGCACUGAGCUCCUGGUUUCAGUAUCACCCCCUCCCAGCCCCACCUCCCCCCGGCAGCCCGUAAGUGGGAUGGGUGCAGGGCUCGGUCUCGCUCAAGGCCCGAAGCCUGUUUGCCGCCGGAGCAUCCUCUGCAGCCCGUCGAGGCUGGAGGGAUGCAGGAACGAGCACCGCGCUCUCAGCCCUCUCCUCUCUCCCCUCCCAGCCCCUUCUCCUUCCUCCUUGGGGCUCCAUUUCUCCUCUUCCUCCCAAUCUUCCUCCUUGGCCCACCCCGCUGCUAUCUCCUGCUCCCCUCCGAUGCCCUGAAAUCCAGCUGCUUCCCCCCAAAACCGCAGGCGAAGGGCAGGGCUGGGAUGGGCACGGAGAGAACCGGAGCUGCUGUAGUGGGAUCUGGGGAAGGGGCUGGUCCCACGGCUGGGCUGCACCACGGAGGGGGUGGGCUGGGGGAAAGGACUUGGCUUCCAGCAGCCCAACCUACACUGUGAAACUGGGGGGACGCAGCCCCCACGCACGCUCCGCAGCGCUGCCAGCCUUUGGUCUCGGUGAGGAGCGGCCGGGACCACCCGAACGUUGGGGACCGUGUGUCUGGGUGCCACCACCUCCCCGGCGCCGCAGCUCCACGGGAGGACACCGAAGGUCUAAAGGGCUGAAAAAGUGCCUGCCCACAGCGGGGACACGACGAAAGGGCUCUGCUCAUCCUUCCCCCGGCGCCAGCCCCGGUGUCCCUGUGCUGCACCCACCCCGGAGCAAAGCCACCCUGCCGCGAUUGCACUGUCCCUGCUCGCCCGCAGACCCGGCCGGGGCUGGGGGUCCUGACCCCUGCUUGUAAGGGCUCCUUCUCCUCCAGCACUGCGAAGGGGGGCUCAGAAACACCCCUGCCCGCUCCCCACGGGCCCUUCGCCUCCGUCUGGGCACGCAGUGGGUGCUGCCAACCCUCUGAGCACCGACUGCCUCCCCGGGGCAUCCCCGGGUGGCCCCAGCACCUCCCUCUGCCUGGACCCCACCGCAGCCCCGGGGAGGGGACAUCACUCACCGCCUCCACGUCUCCAAAGUGCAUUUUCUUGGCGUAUCAGCUCCCAGCACCCGGCUCACUCACGGGUGAUGCUGGCAAGGAGCCGCCGGGCGGGCGAGCACCUCGUUCCCCCAGCGAGCUGCCGCCGUGGUCCCGGGGGAUGUCCCCAGCACAGGCACAGCUUUGACAUCUCGCUUGCCUGGAGCACCGCGGACGUUUUGCAGAGGAAGGACUGCGCGGUGAGCUGUGCACAGCACCGGCGCCAGGUCCACCUCCCCUUCGCCUCUGGGUUCAGCCAGAAACCCUUUCCCGAAGGCAGAAGGUGAUUUUUCCUCCCCUCUCUAAGGAGAUAAGCAAGAUUUGUAAAUAAUACUGUGUCGUUUUACUAACUGCUUGAUGUUUCUACGUGUGACAUGGGGUGACGGUGCCCGCCCCGGCCCCUCUGCUCUUCCCCGCAGCCCUUCUGCCUGCAAGGCGAGCUUGCGUUUUGCAGUCCAAGCCUUCGGUCCCACCCCGUUUCUGGCCUUAAAGACUCAAUUUGGAGGCAGGGAGACAUGCACACCCCCAAAAUCACUGCAGCAGGUCCAAGAGAAACUUGGGAACGUGGAAGGAUUGGCCGUUCCCAGCAGAGCUACCGAGCGUCGGGAGGGAGAGCUCGGCGCUUCCCAAGGGAUCGGAGCCUGCGUCAAUAGGAUUCGAGCGCCCAGGUCCUUCAAAAGCUUUUGGGAAUUUUGCCCCCUGUGCUUUGGAUGAUAAAGCAGGACAGGCUGAAUCCGGAUCUCCAGGAUGGGAUAUUUGAUGCCUCCUGCCCUUGUGCAACAAAAGAGCAAAGAUCCCUUUCGAGGAACAACUUUGGCCGCCGGCUGCUCAUGCCAAUGCCGUUGGUUAGGAACACUUGGCCUCGACAGGGGUCCGACUGCCACAUCUGCAUCCCGACUCUCUCCCAUCACUAAAAUCCAUGGAAACUGCCCCAAAUAUGCAACCCCACUUGCAGCGGGUGACUGCGGCUUGUGAGCCCCUGUCUGGGGCGCCAGCUCCUUCCAGAGCAAGCCAUCCACAAGGGAAGUUUUUUGGAUGAAUUUACACGUUGUUUAUCGCCAGGUUGUUUCCAUCAGUCCCUUUUUUUUGGUGAAGCGACUCAAAUACGAACUGAGGGCCACUGGAACGAAGUGCCCAGAUCAAAAGCAAAACAAACUGCCCGAUUCAGUCUGACAAGCCGACCUGGCCGUACCUGGCCAGCUGGAAAUUGCUUUUCUUCAGGACAAUAUUGCCACGGUCUCAGGUUUCAAUUGCCAUGGUAAAGGGAUUUCCUCAGGGCUGAGGAAACGGAGACAAACUCAGCAUCCAAAGAGAAGCCGGGGGAUGCCUCAAAUCCCUGGUUGCAGGAAAAAAAUAAAAAUAAUAAUAAAAAGAAAAAAAACCAGGGAGGGAAAACCAAGCCAAAGUUAGUGCUCGUCGGUACGUUUUGUGUCCUUUUCUAAUGUUUCUGUUGUACAAAGAAUGUGUGUUUCUCCACUCACCCCUCUGUAAUACCAGUGCCGAUUUAUUAGGAAGUUUUACGG